CGCUCUACGAGCUCUUCUCUCACCCAGUGGAGCGGGGCUACCGCGCGGGGCUCUGCUCUAAGGCCGCGCUGUUCCUGAUGCUGUCCGCCGCGCUCACGUACAUCCCGCCGCUGCUGGUGGCCUUCCGGAGCCACGGGGGAAUCCUGCCCUGUUUGCUGGUUCCCGCCGCCUUGGGUCUCCAGGUGCCUCCAAUAUCUUAGUAUCCGCUUCUCAAGUCCAUGCCUCCUGGAGCCCUCUCCCCGGUGUCACUGGGUACCCCUUCAUAGCCUUGGGACCCUGCGGAACAAAUCAGCCGCAGCGGACUCCCCCGGCGAGGAGACAGAGCGGCUGUGGAGAGGAGCUUGGAAAAGACGUCCAGGAGCCUUUGCUGAGACUGGGGCCAGAGGCGUCUGCCUCCCGCCGCGCCAGUCGGGCUGGGACGCCUCGCUUGGGGCCCUGAAAAACCUCCAGGCAUCUCCCAUGGAUCUGUGACCGAGGUGGGCAGCUCUCCCAGCAGCCCUGGACAGCAGCCCCCGGCCGGCGGCAUGUGGCUGCGGCGCAUCUCCAGCACCGCGGUGACCGCGCUCCUGCUGGCGCAGACUGGCCUCCUGCUCUUCCUAGUCUCCCGGCCCAGGCCGCCGUCCCCGGUGGGUGGCGAGGAGAGGGUGCACGUGCUGGUGCUGUCCUCGUGGCGCUCGGGCUCGUCCUUCGUGGGCCAGCUCUUCAGCCAGCACCCCAAUGUCUUCUAUCUGAUGGAGCCUGCGUGGCACGUGUGGGCCGCUUUGUCGCAGGGCAGCGCGGUGGCGCUACACAUGGCGGUGCGCGAUCUGGUGCGCUCCGUCUUCCUGUGCGACAUGGAUGUGUUCGACGCCUACCUGCCGUGGCGGCGCAACCUGUCGGACCUCUUCCAGUGGGCGGAGAGCCGCGCGCUGUGCUCGCCGCCCGCCUGCAGCGCCUUCCCGCGCGGCGCCAUCAGCAGCGAGGCAGUGUGCAAGCCGCUGUGCGCGCGACGGCCCUUCGGCCUGGCCCAGGAGGCCUGCCGCACCUACAGCCACGUGGUGCUCAAGGAGGUGCGCUUCUUCAACCUGCAGGUGCUCUACCCGCUGCUCAGCGACCCGGCGCUCAACCUGCGCAUCGUGCACCUGGUGCGCGACCCGCGGGCUGUGCUGCGCUCGCGCGAGCAGACGGCCAAGGCACUGGCCCGUGACAACGGCAUCGUGUUGGGCACCAACGGCAAGUGGGUGGAGGCCGACCCGGACCUGCGUGUGGUGCGCGAGGUGUGCCGCAGCCACGUGCGCAUCGCCGAGGCCGCCAUGCGCAAGCCACCGCCCUCCCUGCGCGGCCGCUACCGCCUGGUGCGCUUCGAGGACCUGGCACGGGCGCCUCUGCCCGAGAUCCGCGCGCUCUACGCCUUCGCAGGCCUGAGCCUCACGCCGCAGCUCGAGGCCUGGAUCCACAACAUCACCCACGGGGUCGGGCCAGGCGCCCGCCGUGAGGCCUUCAAGACUACGUCCAGGGAUGCGCUCAACGUCUCGCAGGCCUGGCGCCACACGCUGCCCUUUGCCAAGAUCCGCCGCGUGCAGGAGCUGUGUGCGGGUGCACUGCAGCUGCUGGGCUACCGGCCAGUGUUCUCUGAGGACGAGCAGCGCGACCUCACCCUGGACCUCAUGCUGCCGCGCGGCCCGAGCAGCUUUAGCUGGGCAUCGUCCACUGCCGAGCACUCCGGGCCGUAGCAGAGGCCCCCAGCUGUGGCUGGCGGUUGCCAGGAGACUCACGCGUGUUGGGGAAGGAGCUGGGGCGCACGAGGCCGGGAGUUUGGGAGGUCCCCCACGUAGGAGGAAAGGACCGAGUCCGCAGACUAUGUUUCUUUCUCCCCACUUCUUGUUUUUCCUUUGAAUCCUCUUUAGGAGCUAGAUUCCCGCCACACACACUCUUCAUGGAAAGCAGACUCGUGCCCCCACUUCCUCUGGGCGCAGGGAAUAAGUUCAGAUGACUUGGCUCCUACUCCAGCACUUUCUUUCCCCUUAAGUCUCUGUUGGGAUGCCUCAUCCUGCAGCUGAGAAGGCUGUCCCGGCCCUGCCUGGGAGUGGAGGGACACUGUGGUGAGCUGGUCCCUGAAGUCGGUACAUCUCCCCCUACGCACACCCCGUGCCUCUGGCACCACACACCACCAAAGCCAGUGCUUUUAUAUUCACCUGUAUCUUCAGUAAGAAAUCAGCCAAGGUGCCUCUAUCUUGUGGUCUCCCCUUAGUCUCUCUCUACCCCAAUCUCCUGGGAGCCCCCAUGCCCCCAUCACAGAAAUAAACAUACCCACAGAAAUAAACAUAAUUCACCUGUGUGAUACAGAUUAGAGUUUACAGCCUGUAAAGUUUGACAAGCAAAACGCAAAAGCGAAGGGACUUGUCCAAGGCCACACGAUGAGAAGGAGGACGAAGGGAGGAGGGGGGAUUUGCUUCGGGCCCGCAGUGGGGAGGAGAGGGUGAGUCAGGCUUGCAGAGGCCUGUCUCCUGGACGAAGAAGGGUCAGGUGUUCCCAUCUUAUUUGCUCAAGGGAUCAGCCAGCAGCCAUGGCUAGGGCCGCAGCUGCGAGGUGAGAUGUGGGAAGUGGUGAGCUCUGGGUCCAGGGUGCAGAAUCUAGGGAGCCUCCUAGAUAAGCCUGGAGGGAGGCAGUGAGGGGGAAAAGUGGAGAGAGAGAAGGCUGGGCAGGCCAGGGCAGCAAGCCAGGCAGAGUGUGUGGCAGAGCAAAAGGUUGGCAGCAAGAUCAGUGCCUGGAGGGCAAGUCACGGGGUGAAUGUAACUAGAUAAAGCUUGCCAGGAGCUUGGAAGAAAAAAGGCUCUGGAGUGGUUGUCUUCCUGUGGUCCUUAUGUGCCAGGCCCUGGAGAAGAGCAAAGUACGAUUCCUAGCUGCGAGCCACAACACCUGGCUCUAGUGGCAAAGCGUCUUAUUAAAUGGAUGCUGGAUUUAAAAAAAGGAGGGGUGGGUAGGGGGAUGCCGGAUGUGUAGAGGGCUAGUCCUGAGCUCAGGAAAUGAAAGCCAGCCAUGCUUAAAAAAUGUUUAAAAGAAAGGUGGAAGAAAGGUCACAGCACCUCUAGGAAGGACAGGGAAGCAGAUUUGAGUCCACACAAAUAGAAUACCCCAAAUCACACUGGGAUACAGAGUUGGUCUGGGGACUGACAGUUGCCACCAGAACUCCUGUGCCCAUUACCUCUGGAAGUGAGGGAGCUGCCCUCAUCAUUGCCAUCAGUCACUGGAAGGGAUCCUGGAGGUCUGGCUUCUGAUUCUCAGCCUGGGUGUGGCCUUGGAUUGGUGAGACCUGGAUCGUAGACCCACAUCCUCGCUGCAAAGCAGCAGGUCGAGGGCAAUCUGGCACUUUUCAUUUCUUUUCUUGCAGGGAGCAGAGGUAUACUGACCUUGAAGCUGAAGCUUCAGGAUGCCUCAGUUGGGGAUCCGUCAAGCUGUAGAAACUUCAGGCCCCAUAAAGCCCCCAUCUGCCCCUGCUCACAGUAGCAUGGAGAAGGUAUUUAAAACCCAGAAUUUAUUAAUGGAGACUUUGGCUUAGAAAAACUAAGGUCACAUAGCUUAAUAUAUGGGCUGGAACUCAAACUCAUAUCUUUGACUUCAAUACUUAUGGUUCUAACAAGGAAACUGAACUGGGGAUGCAGCGGAGGACUCCAUCACAGGCUUGGAAAGCCAGAUCAUUACCCAGAGACGUGUGUCUCUGGGUCAGGGAGUGGUCCUGGCAUUUUGUUUGUUUCCAGUUUUAUUGAGAAAGAAUUAACAUACAUCACUGUAUAAGUUUAAGGUGUACAACAUGAUGGUUUGAUUUACAUGUAUUGUGAAAUGAUUACAACACUAGGUUUAGUUAACAUCAGUCAUCUCAUUUAGAUACAAUAAAAAGAAAAGAAAAACAGAAUUAAAAAAUUUUUAGGGCUUCCCUGGUGGCACAGUGGUUGAGAGUCCGCCUGCCGAUGCAGGGGACGCGGGUUCGUGCCCUGGUCCGGGAGGAUCCCACGUGCUGAGGAGCGGCUGGGCCUGUAAGCCAUGGCCACUGAGCCUACGCAUCCGGAGCCUGUGCUCCGCAAACGGGAGAGGCCACAACAGUGAGAGGCCCGCAUCUGGCAAAAAAAAAAAAAUUUAAGUUUAUGACUGUUAUAAGAGAUGAAGAUUUAAUACCUCCAUCUCACCUCACCUUCUCUCCAAACUUUUAUUAUACUUUUAAUUAUAUAAUUGACCUACAGUACUGCAUUAGUUCCAGGUGCACAAUAUAGUUACUUGAUGUUUCUAUAUGUUACAAAAUGAUCACCACCAUCCUGGCAUUUGUCUGCAGACAUCUCAAGGACCAGAAUGAUGAAUGGUGGACAGUUGGCUGGGACAGUGGGGCCACUGGGGAUAAAAGCAGCCUGCUGGCCCUGCCUGGAAGGAACGCAUUGUUAAGUGGAGGAGUCGGCUAGGAAGUCUCCAGCAAUGUGGUAUGUUCAGGCAAAGAAGGUUGAGCAAGAGGUUCAUGGAGCCAGAGGUUAAGAACAGGGAGACACUGAUCCCUAGUGGGGUUCAGGAAGGCAUUUGGGGUGGGGCUUAGAGGCCAGCCUGAUAGUAGCAUCCCACAAGUUUCAUUUGCCCCUGCUUGGGUCACCGAUGACACAAUUAACGGCCUUUGUUAUGUGACUCAUCCGUUCUCACCUGUCUCCCAAGGUUCCAUAAUAGCGAUGACUGGCUCUUGGAUGUGGCUCCCUGCAUAUGGGGCCCUCUGGGCAAGCCUCUGCAUGAGCUACAGGGCGCAGCAGGUUCCGAGCAAGCCUCUAGGUGAACCCACAUCAGGUUUCAGGACAAAGAUAGGCAGUGCCAGUCCAGUGUUUCAAUGAGUCAGUCCAGGGCUAAGCCCUGGGGACAUAGUCACAGCCCUUGCUCUUGUGGGGAGUGCAGAUGUUAAAUAAAUAGUCCUACAGAUAGAUAUGCAUAAGUGUCGCUUGUGCUCUAAGAAUAAAUAAGAAUGGGUAGAGGGUGACCUACUUUAGUAUGGAGAGUCAGGAAAACAUUUUUGAAAAGGAAACGUUUGGUUUGAAUAGAUAGGGACUUCCCUGGUGGUCCAGUGGGUAAGACUCCGUGCUCCCAAUGCAGGGUGUCUGGGUUCAAUCCCUGGUGGGGUAACUAGAUCCCACGUGCAUGCCGUAACUAAGAAGUCCGCAUGCCACAAUUAAAGAUCCUGUGUGCCACAACUAAGACCCGGCACAGCCUAAAUAAAUAAAUAAAUAUUUAAAAAAAUAGGUAGGUGUUAAUUGAGCAUAGGAUGAAGAGGCAGAGAGAGACUGAGGGAUUGGUCUCUUUGGAAUCAAGGUUCCUUGGCAAAAUAAAAGAAUCAGUCCUGGGAAUCCAAGCUCAUGGGAUGGGAGAGGCCCCAGGACGUGACUGAGUUUGUGUGUCUAUGGUAAAGAGGACUAGAAGUAGAACUGAUGGAUCAAAGAGCAUCCACAUUUUAAAUAUGGAAUUGCCAAAUGGAGUACUGACUUACGUUCUCUGGAAUGGUGUCAGGAAGGCCCUUGUCACCCUUUUCUAUUGACCCCCUCCCCAUCAUCUGUACAGGGUAAAUCAUUUUCAUUUUUACCUACCUGAUGGAAUAUUAUGCAGCAGUAAAAUGAAAUGAACUAUCAAACCAUGAAAAGACAUUCAGGAGGGAACCUGAGUGAAAGAAGCCAAUCUGAAGAAGCUACAUUUAGUAUGAUUCCAACUAUAUGACAUUGUGGAAAAGGCAAAACUAUUCAGACAGUAAAAAGAUUAGUGGUUGUGAGAAAUGGAAUAUUUCCUGCCAUAUCAGUAAACAAAGGAUGUCACAGCCACCAGCGAUUGCAACAGAGCUGGUGAGCCCUGAGGGAACUCAGGAAGGAAAGAAUAUCUGCCAUCUAGCAGCCAUCAGACUGCAGCCACUCCCCACGGUGAGCCCUGAGGAAACUCAGGAUGUGAAAAUACAGGAUACUGGCCCCAGAUAGCUGAGGUGCAUAUCAAAGGAAUGAUUUCAGUGAGCCCAGGCUCUUGCAUCUUCCCAUACAUAGAAAAGCUCUAAAUUCCUUAACUUGACAUAUCUGGUUUCCCAAUUAACAGUAAUCUUUUGAUGCUCCCGACUACCUGCCCCUUGUUGCAAAACUCCUAUGUAUUCUAGCUCCACUCACCUCCUCGGAGCAGUUUCUCAGAGCUAUCUGAAAUGCUGUCUCCUGGGUUGCAGUCCUCAUUUUGCCCCAAAUAAAACUUAACUUGCAGCUCUCACG